CGUUUUUAUUUUGUUUUGUUUUGUUUUUGUGUUUUAUUUUGUCUUUUCGUGAUAACGUCCCUGAAAUUGGAGACAAUGCCUAAAUGUGCAGACUAAAGUAUAACAUAUUGUAUCUCCAUACCCAUGAAAGGAAAAUGCGUACUCCUCACACGCCGUCUCUGGGUUUCCACCGUCUAAAGUACUCGCACACCAUCCUCAUCAUUUAAUUGGUUUUUCAGUCCAAUGAGGAAAGAACAACCACCGCCUGUCUGGGAACAAGUAUUUUGAUCUACAUUGCAACAUGUUUUUGGCGGAGCGAACAAGAUAGCAAGUAUUCAGUUGAGUGAUAACUCUAUAUAUUCAGAGAAUUACUCCAAAUGGCGAUGUUCAUGUGGAUCUCCAUCAUUUCCUUGUUGGCAGGGUUCCAAACUCUCAAUGCCUGCUCCGGUGGAGGAGGAGGUGGAGGAGGUGGAGGAGGAGGAGGAGGAGGAGAUGGAGGCUACCAGCCGACAGAACGACCCGAGCUCACCAUUCAUCCUACAGCCCUCUAUAUUGUGUCCAAUCCUUGCGGUUCGAUUACUAUUCCCGGUGUUGAGACCAUUCGACUGGUUCCUGGUCCCAUGCCGGACAUGCCCAACUCGACCCCAGGUAUUUCGAGAUCACGAGUGUGUCAACUGCCUGCUAUGGCUGAUUCAUCAUCUGGGAUAACAGGCAUCUCAACAACCGAGGCGCCGACCUCGACAACCAUCUCGUCGACGUCAGUUUGGACUACGAUGGCCACAUUCGUAGGCUAUUCGACGCCGCCAAUGAAUGAGACAACGACAAUGUAUGAGACAACGACACCUCUGAAUAUCUUCGGCGAAGGUAUGCAAAUGUUCGUCCUGGACAAUGUAAACCGGGCAAUCUUCUAUGGUGGUGGGGAUCUCCAGUUUUCGACCCUGUUCACCUUCCCCGAGCACGAGGAUCCCACGGGGGUCACAAUAGACACUUCUGGUUUCCGGGUGUUCUGGACAGAUCUGAAGACCGACCUAAUCCACGGAGCGUCCCUUUAUGGUACACACCCUAGGAUAUAUUCUGUGGGAUUGUACAAAGAACCUGUCAGCAUAUCGCUGGUGCAGUCUAGCGGAAUGGUGUACUGUGCCUACUCCAAGUCAAAUAAGAUCACCAGACUCCAUCUGGGCUAUCCGAGCUGCGAAACGGACCUUAUUACGAAUACACCAAAUCCGAGAGCAAUUGCUAUUGACGUAUCGGGAUGGUACUUAUACUGGUCACGUGACGGUGGCAUUGACAGAAUAAACCUCUCUUCCUCAAGGCGACAGACUAUCUACCAGAACCCUGAUUUUAUGAACAUCACAGGACUUGCCAUUGACUCUUUAGGUCCGACUACACUCGUCGCCUUCUUCGACAUUGACAAGCAUCGCACGUUCUACAUCGAUCUCAGCGACCCGGACAACGUCGUCGAACUCACUACGUCUUUUCCUGCCAACGACUUCCUCCACGUGACUCAAAUGAGCGUCUACGGCGGAGACAUGUUUUGGACGAAGACCGGCGAUUCCGCUGGUUCAUAUCCUGAGGCCGCAAUCACUCUCAAACUCUAG